AUGCUUUUUGUUUUUUUCUCCUAAUUAAUUGUAAGCAAAACCUUUGAGAUUAUUGAUCUACAACAAUAAUACUAAAUAUAUAAGGAUUAGAUUGACUUUAGUAAUUUAUAAUUUAAAAUUAAUACGGUUUUAAUGUAUGGAAUUUGGUCAAAGUACAAUCCAUUAAGUCCAAUAGCAAAGAUUGGGCCUGUUGGAUAAUUUGAAAGUAAUUGUUAUUUAAUUCAUUAUGCAAUGUCUAUUUAGAAUGAAAAUAUAAAUUUAAUUUACUAUGAUUGUUUAUACUAUAUAGAGAGAACAAUAUUAAAGACAAUUGAAUUUGUUAAUGAAGAUAACAACUAAAAUAAGUUUGAAAUUUAAAUUGACAAUAAGAAAUACGAAAAUUUCUGGCAUUUAUGUCAAAUAAUCAUGAUGCCACUUAAAAAGAAAUUUGAAUUGAUUAUAUUUAAUUAAGAAGAAACUUUACUUCAUUAAAUUUUAGAUAUAAAUUUACCUUUUAAAGAUCAGAAUUUAGAGUUAAUAUUUGGGAGCAGCUUGAUAGUCAAUAAUUCAUAUAUAUAUUCAAAAAAACCAGGUUCAAAAUUUGCCACAUUUCCAGGUUUUUUAAAAGUUAACAGAAUUGAAAUUUUUAUUAGUUUUAGCGAAUUAAAUUUAGAAACCUAGGCCAAAUAAUCCUUAGGAAGUUUUUUAGAAUGUAAGUGUAUUUAAGAUAGUCUUUAUUAAUUAAGUAAUUGGGAUUUAUAUUCUUUUAGUUAAUAGAGUUAUAUUUCUGAGAAAACAAACUGCGAUUCCUUUUAAUUUUAUGGUUGGUUAAGGGUUAAUAAUAUUGGAUAUAUACCAUAAGAGAUCUAUUUUUAAAUAAUAAAAAUUUCAUCAUAAUUUCAUAGCAUAAUUUUAGCUGAUGAAAACUUAUCGCCUUUUUAAUUUAUUUAUAAACUAUCUUCUUCAAUGCAUAGUAUUAUUUUAACAACAUAUAGUUAUACUUUUCCAUUUGUAAAUAUUGAUUUUUCUGAAAAUCCAUUUUUAUUUACUGAUGAAAUUGAUGUUUUUAAUAAAGUUCAAUUAUGGCAUAAAUUAAGUGUUAAUCUAUUAAGAGAUGAAUUAUAAAUAAGUAUUACUUUUUAUGAUGGAAGUAAUGUCAUCAUAAAAAAUAUUAAAAGAGACGUUUAAUAAUUUCAUUUAAAUAAAUUUAAAGUAAAUUAUGGAAAUUUAUUAAAUUAAAAUAAUAGCAUUGUUAAUAUUUAAGCUAGAAAUUUUGUAUUUUCUAAUUGUUAAUAUCCAAUUGAUAAAUUAAAUUGUCAUUAAAGUUGUUAAGAAUGUGAUGGUCCAACUUAAUUCAAUUGUCUUUCAUGUUCCAAAAAUUCAAAAAGAAUAUAUUUAAUAGAUUAAAAGAUAUGUAUUUGUCCAUCUGAUUUAAUUGAUACAGGUGAAGAAUGCAAAUCCUAUUAAGAUUUAGGCUUUUAAUUAAUAUAAGAUGAAACAAUAAAUAGAGUUAUUUGUCCAUAUGGUUAUUUCAUUAUAGAUGGAGAAUGCUAUUAGUGGUAAUAAUUAAUGUGUGAUUUAGUCCUUCAAUAAUAAACUCUCAAAGAAUUAAAUGUUUAAAUUGUAUUCUAAACCCAAAAACUUGGUUUGAGUAACCACUUUGUAAUGAAGAUGUAUCAAUUAAUAAAAUUGGUUAAACAGCUUACUAUUAUUACUAUAGUAAUAUUUAAUAUUUUUUUGAUGGAUUUGAAAUAAAUGUUUGCCCAAUGGAUUAUUGCGAUAUCAAUAUCAUAAAUGAUUUUAUAUUAGAUAUCUCAGUUUAGGUUUCUUUUGAAUUUAUUUGGAUAAUAAAUUAAAAAACUUCCUACGCUUACUAAUGUGCAGAAAAAUGUUAUAAUUGUGAAUUUAAAGAAUUUGGAGUAAGUUGUAAAAAAUGCCCUGUUGAAUAUACAUUGAGUGAUGGAAAAUGUUAAGAUGUAUCUUGUAAUAUUCCAUAUUAUAUGACUAUGUAUGGAAGAUGUAAAAAAUGUUCUAUCAUAAAUUGUAAAUAUUGCUUUGAGUAUUAAAAAAACGAUUUAACUAAAUGCACAUUAUAUCAUGAUUUUUAAGCUUUUAACUCAGAUGAAUUUAUUGAUGUUGGUUGUGCUUUGUGUAAUGAUGAUUUUAUAUUUGAUUUUACUUUAAGUUCUUGUAUUUAAAGAAAGUAGAAUAUUUAAAAUUGUCUAAGAUCAUAUGUAAAUUUAUAAAAUCAAGAUAUUUGCACAUUAUCAUCAAAUCAUGACUUCUUAAUAGCACUUGAAAUCAAUAAUUGUUAAGAAUUUAUUGAAAACUGUUUAUAGUGCAUUUAAACUCCAGAAUAUAUAAUAAAAUGCAUAGUUUGUGUUUUUGGAUAUGCUUCAACACUUGAAAAUGGAAAUUGCAUGUAAAUUAAUUUAGAAAUAUAAAAUUUUAAGAUUAUAACAUAAUGUUAAUCAAUAUAUUAUGAUGGCUAUGUUUAAUUAAUAUAAAGUUUUAUGAUGUCAUUUUUACCAGAUAAAUAUUUAUAUCCAUAUAAUGGGGAUUAAUAUUUUGACAUUUAAGUACUUUAAUGUGAUGAUGGUUGGAUAUUAAAGCCAUUUACUUAGUUUUGUAUUAAAGAUUGUAGCUCUGAUUGUCUUUAGUGUGAAAACAAUAAUUUAUAAUCAGAUUGCAGAGUUUGUUCUUUAAAUCAAUUUCAAUAACCUCUAAUAAACUAAUAUUUAGGUUAAUGUUAUUAAUGUCCUAGAUUAUGUAAAAUUUGUCAAUUAACUCCUUAAGAAACUGAGGUAAAUAUUUUUAUAUCUUAUUAGAAUAAUAAUUUCACCUUAAUCUAAAAUCAAAAUUUACUCUAUUAAAGAUAAUGUAUUAUGCCUUAAUAAACUAUGAACGUUUAAUUAAAUAUUGAACUUUUAAUAGCAAAAUAAUGUUUUGAUUAAAACUGUAAUCAAAUUUUUUUAUUUGAAACCAUAAUUCAAGAAUGCAUUCUCUAAAAUUUGAUUAAUGUUGCUAAAUUUAAUUAGUUUUAAAUUGAUUAUUAUAAUUAAAUGGGAUAGAAUUAAUUAAUACUAUAAUAUAAAUUUAAUUUCACAAAUAUUUGUAUUGGAUAUAAUGGUUUAACUUUUAUAAAUGAAUUAAAAUAAUAGAUUUAGUCGCUUUAAUUUAUAAAAAUGAUUGCUAUGUCUAAUAAUUCUCCAUAUUUACAUUUAUUUAGUUCUAUCAUCAUUACUAAUUUUGAUUCGAUUGAUCUAUAAAAUUUCAAUCUAAAAAUAUAUAAAUCUUUUAUUAAUAUUUAAAAUAAUAAUAAGGCAGUUGAAUUUUCAUUAACAAAUAUUAUUAUUGAAAAUAAUGAAUAUAUUGAUUUGGAGACAUUGUGUUAUGCAGUAUUAUUUUCAAAUAUAAAUUUCAAAAAUGUUUCAUUUAUCAAUACUAACAUUUUAAAUUCAUCCAUAUUAAAUUUUGAAGUUAUGAAACUUAAUGGUUCUAUACAUAUAUAAUAACUUUAAUUUAUUAAGAGUAUUAUAAGUAAUUCUAUUCUAUUUUAGUUUCUUGAUGAUGAAUUUUAAAUAUAAAUUGAAAAUUUAAUAAUUUAAGAAUGUUAAUUUUAUAACUCAACUAUUUUUUGGUUUAAUUCAAAUUAAAAUGCAAAAAGUAAAUUUAUAUUCAAUAAUUUAAUUGUAAAAGAUAGUGAAUUAUAUAAUUCAACUAUUUAUUAUAAUUACUUUUCAUUCGAUUUAAUAAUAAGCAAUAUAAUGAUUUAAUAAAAUACUUUUGACUAAUCAAUUAUAUUUUCAUCUAAUUAACAGAUAAAUUUUUAGUCUGCAUUAAUUCAGAAUAAUACUUUUUUGAGUUCAGAUCUCUUAUAAUCUUAUCCAUUUUAAGAAAAAUUAUUUUAUAUUAAAGAUCUCAUUAUAUAAAACAACAUUUUAGAAAACUCUACCAUAAUUAAAAUUAAUAAAAACUUAUAGUUAAUAAAUGUUUCACUGAUUUUGAUUGAUUUUGAAUUAAAUACAAAUUAUAGAUAUAGUUCCAUCAAUUAAAAAUCAGCUUUAUUUUAAAUAACCUGCCUUAAUUUGAUAAUAAAAAAUUUUAAUAUUAUAAAUACUAAUUAUUUUAGAAUAUUUUAUAUUUUAGACACAAAUUAAAUUGAAGUAGAUAAUUUAAUCUAUAAAAAUACUCAAAUACCAAAAAGAAUUCCUAUUUUUAUGGAAUGUUAAUAAUAAAUUUAUGAAAAUAAUUAGUUACUAUUGGUUUUGGGUUCAUAUUAAAUAAGAAUGUAAAACUUCUUAAUAUAAUCACAAUCUUCAAUAGAUUUAGCAUUGAUAUAAAUUAUCUCAAAAUUUUAAAUAUUAAAUUCGUAAAACUCAAUUAUCUAUAUUUAUAACAUGGAAUUCUUCGGAAAUGUUUAACUUUAAUUAAAAGAAUCAUCUUUUUAAUCUCUUUUAAUUAUUUCCAUAGAAUAAUAAGUUGAAAUAAUUCUAGAUAAUAUUCUCUUUUUUGAAAAUAUGUUUCAUUCAUAAACUUAAGAAAAUUAAUAAGCUGCUUGUUUAUUAUAUGUCUUUUCAAAAGUAGGAGAUGUUAAAAUUAUGAAAUUAACAUCAAAAAAUAAUGCCAUUACUAAUUCUUCAAAUACAUUUAUUUUAAUUAAUUCCAAUUCUAUACUAAUUUCAAACAUGGUUGUUGAAAAUCAUAAUUUUUUAAAUGUUUUUAUCUGGUAAAAAUAUUAUUAAUUAAAUAUAACUUCUAAUUAUAAUUAAGAUGAAAUUAAUUAAAUUAUUAUAUAAACAUUCUAGAUUUAAAAUAUAGGAGGAGUUGCAAAACUUGAUACUAACAAAUUUAGAUGUAUUAAUAGCACCUUUUAAAACAUUAUAGCUAUAAGUAGCUUUAUUUUUGAUAUUACUUUACAAGGAAAUGGAUUUGUUCUGUUAUAUGAAAUUGAAGUAAUAAAUAUAUAAAAUAACUUAAAUUCAUAAAGUAAAAGUUCUGGAUGUAUAACUAUAAAACCAUAAAAUUCAUAAAUGAAUAUAGAUAUUUAAAAAAUUAAAUUUUCAAAUGUUUAUAGUAGAAGUUCUUCUUCUAUUUUUACAAUAGCUUAUUCCAUUUUUAGCAGUUCAAUUACUAUUAAAGAUAUCAUAAUUGAAAAUUGUUUUUCUUUAAUAAAUUCUGUUAUGAAUUUAAGAUUUUAACCUUAAGAGAAAAUUUAAAAUUAAAUUAAAUUAGAAGGGCUAAGGAUCACUUAAUAAGAAACAAAUUUGAUGAAUUAUUUAUCUAAAAUAAUUCCAUUAAGUAUUGAGGAAAUAACAGAAAUGAAUAAUGAUGAAAAUAGUCUUAUUAUUAUCACUGAAUGUUUUGUAGAAAUAAAAGAUUUAAUUAUUUAAGGUGUUUAUUUAUAUCCAAUUUUAAAAUUUAAGAAUGCUCCAUAUUUGCUAUUAUAAAAUAGUUUUUUUUAAGAUAUCUAAAUAGUUUUUACUUAAAAUGUCGUAUCUUUUAGUCAAUCUAGAAAUUAAAAGUCCAUUGUUUUAUUAAAAUCAGUAACUAUUUCGAAAAUAUCAGCAUUUUAAUUAAAUAUAGAGAACUUUAUAUAAAAUUAAAUAGAUUAAUAUUUUAUUACGAAUUGUGAGGGAAUAUAAAAAUAAAAAGUAAAAGAUUAAUCAAAAUCAUUAAUUGAGCUUUUUUUGAAAUAAAUUGAAUAUUAUUCUUCAAAUAGUUUUACCUCAUUAAUUUAUUUUAAAAAUAAUUAUUAUUAAAAUAAAUUUAUUUUGGAAUCUAUCAAUAUAAAUUUGAUUGAGUGCUUAAAAUGUGAAAAAGGAUUAAUAUAAUUUGAAUUAUAGAAUUUUAAUUUAAUUAAUAUUAAGGAUAUAAUUUGUUAGGAAAAUAAUAUUAAAGAUUAUGGAUGUUUAAAUUUGUAAUAAGAAUAGUUUAAUCAAAAUAAAAUUUUAAUUUAAAAUUCUAACUUUAUAAACAAUAAGGGUGGUUAAGGAGUAGCUAUCUUUGCAAAAAAUACUGCUAUAACAAUUUAAUAAUGCAAAAUAAUUUUAAAUUAAGCCUUAAAAUAAGGAGGUGGAUUAUUUUUUGAAUAUAGUUCUUUUAAAAUUAAAUAAACAACAAUACUAUAAAAUUUUGCAAAAGAAGGAGGAGGAAUUUUUAUAAGUGGAGAUUCUAAUUUGAAUGAGAAAAAUUUCAUUUAAUCUUUUUUACUUUUUAAUUAAGCAGAGAAGUUGUCUAAUAAUGUUUUUGAAACACCUUCUCACAUAAGUCUGAGAAUCAAUUCUUAUGAAUUAAAAUCAGAUAUUUUUUUUAAUGAUUUUUAAGAUUAAUCAAGAAUUUUAAAAUUAAAACCAUAUUAUACAAUUGAAUAGGGAAAAAAAUGUUUAAAAAAUUAUCUUAUGAUUCCAAGUAAUCAACAAAUUUCUAAAUUUAAAUUAGUUCUUCCAAAAGUUGGAGAAGUAUUUCCUUAUAUAAAAGAGUUCAAUUUAUAAUUCAAAAACAGUAGAAAUGAAUUUCUUUUAGGAUUAAAUAAUUCUUCUUGUAUUAUUAGUAGUUAAGUUAUAUCAUUAAGUUCAAAUAAAAUUUUACAUUCUUAUGAAAAUACUACUAUAUCAUAUAACAUCAAAAAUAAUUAUUUUGAUUUAAGCUAACUCAGUUUUAUUUUUGAUCCAUAUUUAAAUAAUGAAAAUUAUUUAAACAUUAAAUUUACAUGUUUAACUUAAUAAUCAAAAAAAAAAUUAAAAUAUCUUGUUUAUGCAAAAAGUUUUCUGUGUUAGUUAGGAGAGUUUUAUGCAAAUUAAACUUGCUAAGAAUGCUAAUCUAGCUAAGGAUAUUAUUCAGUAAAUUAUAAUGCUACAAAAUGCUCAAUUUUUGAUAAGACUAAAUUUUCCAAAAUUACUUCUAAUAGUAUGAGUCUAUUGUAAGGAUAUUGGAGACCUCAUAUUUUAUCAGAUUAAACAGAAGAAUGCUAUAAAAAUCUAAAAGUUUGCAUAGGAGGAUUUAGUGUAGGAAAUGAUCUUUGUGCUUAAGGAUAUGUUGGAGGAUUAUGUGAAGGAUGUGAUUAUUAUGAUUUAAGCGGAAAUGGAUAGUUUUAUAAGAAUUUCCAAAAUUUUGAAUGUUUCCGAUGCAAUACACUAAUAGAUAGUAUAUUUCUUUUAAUAAUAACAUUCUUAUGGUAAAUAAAUUCGUUUAAAUUUAGGGCAAUUUUAUCAAUAGUUUUCACUUUAAGAAGUCUUGAUAAAUCAAACAACUUAUUUUCUUCUUUAAACUUGACUAAAAAACACAGUAAUAUUAUCUAUAAAUUAAAUUAAGGUAAUAUAUUAUAAUUAUUUAAUAGAUUAUACAAGUAUAUUAAUAAAAAUGUUUUUAAAUUAUUUAUGGGUCUUUUCUAUGAUAUUCACAUUUAAUUUAAAAUUUUCAUUUUCAUUUAAUAUUGUUGAUUAAAUCAGUAAUACCUCAUACUCUAUUUCCAAUAAUUUGGAUUGCUUUUUAACUUCAAUUUAAGAGGUGGAAUUAAUUUAUUCAAGAAUAAUUCUCAUGAUUAUUUUUAUUAUAGGUUAAUUAUUCCUGAUUCUUAUCGGAUAUAAAAUAUUUUCAAUAAUUAUACACAGAAGCUUUGAUUAAAGCAUUAUAACAAAUACUUUACUUUAUCUUUAUGUUUAUAAUUAUGGUGGCUUAAUAAAAAUGUAAAAUAUUUACCUUUAAUUUAGGUUAUGUUCAGUAAUAUCUAUAAGAAAAAUUGCAGAUAUUGAAUAUAUAUCUGGUGAUGUUACAUUAUUGUUUGGCUCCGAAAAUCAUAGAAAAUGGAUGUAUUUAUUUAUAAUUCCUUUUUUAUUGAUUUUUGGUUUUACUAUUCCAUUUUCUUUGUUUAUUUUAUUAUACACAUAAAAGAAUAAACUUCAAAAAACAAAAUUUAGAAAGCAUAUCUGUUAUUUAUAUAAUGAAUAUGAUAAAAAUAGAUAUUAUUGGAAGUAAUUAAAUUAAUACUUAAGUUUUUUAUAAUAUUAAUAACAAUAUAUUUUGAAGAAUAAAUCUUUUUAAAAGCAUCUUUAAUAGGUUAAUGCUUACUUAUUUAUUAAAUAUUAGCGAUUAAAUAUAAACCAUAUAUAUUGGGAAAUCUAAAUUCUCUAGAUUUGCUAGCUGUUUAAAUUUGUUAAAUAGCUCUUUUUAUUGCAGUUGUUAAAUUUGUAGGUGAUUCUGAAGAUUAAACUAUUUCUUAAUACAUAUCAUAAAUAUUUAUCGCCUGGCUUUUGAUUAGCCUUUGCUAUUUAUUCAUUAUAAAAAUUAUUUAUUCAUACAAAAAAAAAUACAAAACUGUUUUAAUAAAGAUUGUCUAUGAAUUUUUUAAGUUUAUUAAUGAAAAUUCCAUUUUAACAGAUUAUUUUAAAAGGAAAUUAAUGAAUGAAAAAUAGAAAGAAAAUAAAUUGAUUGCAAAUAUGAAAAAAAUUAGAUAGUAUUUAAUAAUUAAGUAAAGAGCUUAAUAGAUGUAUAAUUAAAUUUUAAUUUAAGGUGGACUUCAUCCUUACAAAGCCCUCAACAAUCUUUAUUCAGAACUGAUCUUAUAAAACAAUAAUGA